AUGUCGUACUAUCAACAGCCUAAUCAACAGGCUUAUCAUCAGCCAUACCAACAACCCCUCUACCAGCCAGGCCCUCCACCUCAUCCCAAUAUGCAAAACUAUCCACAGAACUUCCAAGCUCCGCCACCCGGAUACCAUCAGCAAGGCUACCAGCAAGCUCCCAACAUUGUUCCAGGACCACCUGGCUACUACCCUCGCGUAGGCUUCACCAGACUACCUGCUAGGUUUCACAUCUGGAACGUCAUGACUAGUGGCGGUAGCAGCGUUCUUGAACUCGGUCCUCAGUUCAAAGGACCAAUUGCAUACUCAGCCAAGAUGUUCUCAAGCAGCAGGCUCAAAAUCAAAGAAGGUCCAUACGAAUCCGGAAAGCAGCCCAUAUGUACCAUUGAGAGUCGCCACACCUUCAGUCAGCACAGCACCAUCAGCUUCAAUGGAUUUGAGUCAAAGUUCAAAGAGACGAGCAUGUUCAUGGAAGGUGCCUCUUGGCCUUUUGACGUUGAUGUGAAUGGACAGAUUCAGACAUGGCAGUGGAGAAAGAAACAGGCUACUAGCUCUUCCACGAUCAAGAGGUUUUUCGGGUCAAUGUCUCAAAGCAAACUUGGAAGUUGGGAGUUGGUCCCAGCGUCGGGACAAGGUGCACCUGCGGCUAGUCUUGAAGCGGCUGGUGGAAAUACUUUUGAGGAGGAUUCAGCGCUUGGAGAAUUAAUGUUCUAUGGUCCUGCUUCUGUUGGUCAAAUGGGAGACAUCUUUGUGAAUCACUAUAUCGGCAGGAUCGCAGCUCUGGCAUCUUGA